CACACAAGCGACGAGUAAAUUUUGACAAUAAAUCCAAGAUGGCUACGUCGAAGGAAGGCCGACGUGCGUUUGAUAUUAACUCUGUGCUCAAGGGAUGCUUAACUGACGAAUCCCCCGAAAAGGGUGAAGUUGACGAAAGAAAAUUCAAAAUGGAAGAGAAAAUAAAGUUGAAGUCAGAAAAUAAGAGUGAGGAUAUUAGACAAGAAAAACCAGUUUCCAAGGUAACAGUGUAUGGAUCUGAAAACAGCGCUCCGAUAGAUUACGACAGGAAAGUUGAUGAUGACAUACGAGAUGAUGUUAUACCCGCUAAACGUCGAUCACACGAAGAAGAUGAAAGAAAAUCACCCAAAAAGAUGCGACUCGAAUCGAAAUCACAAGAAAACGAACAAAGUCUAGAACGACCAGAAUAUAACGCCAGUGCUUUCCGUAAGGUCGGAAAGAACGUGACCAAUUUAGAAAAUGAUAAUGUUGAAGCGCUUGUCAAUUCUCAUUGGGAAAGAGUUUCGUCGGGUGUUGACGGAGAACGUAAAUCGCUCGGGCUACCUCCGACUGUUGCCCCACCUACUUAUCUUGCUCAACAAGGCGUUAAUUUGUUUAAUCCAUUUCUCGGCUUAAACAUGCUCCAACAAGCAGACGUCACGUCCAUGCUAUCAAACAAACCUCAAAUAUUUAACGAUCAGAAUCUUCUUGAUGCUUUUGGAAGAUCGGUCUCGGCCAUGCCGACGCCUCUGACGGAAAGUUUCGCUAAUGUGAAGGGGUCAGAAUCUGGAGACGAACCUACGUUCAGUAAUUUGAAAAAUCGUUUUCCCUUCAACCAAAUUAUAAACCCCAUGGUGGAAAAACUGAUUCAUAAAAACACUUCUCCGUUGUUGAUCCAUUCGCCAAUUAACGCGGCUAAUCUGUCUCAAAAUUGGUGCGCAAAGUGUAACGCAUCAUUUAGAAUGACAAGUGACUUGGUCUAUCAUAUGCGCUCUCACCACAAGAGAGAGUUCGACCCCGUGAAAAAGAAACGCGAGGAAACGUACAAACUGAAGUGUGACAUUUGUAAUGAGACAUUCAAGGAGCGACAUCAUCUUACACGUCAUAUGACGUCACAUCUGUGAAAUUUGGAGACGACAUGACGUCAGUAUGCCAUAAGCAGUAGCAUGGCCAGAGGAGAUAGUUUGGAGGGUGCUGGAAUAUCCCCACAUUCUUUGGUCCUGGAGAUGGUGUUCAACGACUAAAAAACUUUAAAUUCGGAAAUGUAUGGACAGCAAGGGUGUCCGCAAACUUCAUUAGGAAAACACACACUAGACUGCUGUAGACAAAAAUGAUAAAACUUGCCCUAAAAAGGAUUAUCUCUUUAGACAUCUUUGUCAAUUUUAAAGGAAUAUUUUGAUUUUGAUCUGAAAUAGGCUUUAUCCUCUCAUCAAAGACUUUUAUUUACAGUGUCUCGUGGAAACUAAAAACUAGGACAGCCCAUUAGGAUAAAUUGCCAUACCUAGUGGUCCAGUUGUUCUGAGCUGACUUCAUACAGUGCAAUAUUUCUAUUUGAUUUUUUUAGACAAGAUUUAUAGGAUAUUAUUAUCACAUUGUGAUGUUUCGUUUACGUACGAGUAUAUUUACGGUGUCCUGUAAAAUCUUGGACUGUCUCAUUGUUUGAAGUGUGUUUAGGAGUGGACACCCUUGUACAGCACCCCCAGGAGCUAUCUGGAAUGCUACUGUCCGUUUGAUCUCUACUAUGUAUUAGUAAAUGUUGUUGUAUAUGGUCUACAAUAAGUAUCUUGUGCUAUUAUAAUUAAUAUAUGUCCAGUAGAUUGUAGAUAUUCAUUAGAAGGCUAAAAUCUCUUUGAUUAAACCCAAACCUCAAAUUGUCUAAAUAACAUGUGUUAUGAACUCAAAUCGUCUAAAUAACAUGUGUUAUGAACUCAAAUUGUCUAAAUAACAUGUGUUGUGAACUCAGAUUGUCUAAAUAACACGUGUUAUGAAAUAAAAUUAUCCAAAUAACACAUCAGAUAAACUCAAAUUUUCUAAUAACCCAUCAGAUACAUGUAAGCUCAAAUUGUCCAAAUAACACAUCAGAUAAACUCAUGUUUAUAACAUAAGAUAAAUAACACAUCAGAUAAACUUGAAUUGUCGAAAUAACACAGCAGAUAAACUCAAAUUGAACACUUUAAUUCAAACCUUAUUUUCAUUUCUUUUUCAUUUUGAUAUUGUUCACAUUUACACUACAGUUAGAUCUGACAACAAGUUGGUGUCAAAUUGAGCCAAAUUGAUUGUUCAGCUAGCCAUACAUUGACAGACAUUUUGGACAAAAAUAUUUUACACCAAUCAUAUUGGCUACUAGUGGUUUUAAUGAUUAUUUAAUUCAUCUAAAUAAACCACAGAUCCUUUUUCGUUUCGUUUUUUAUGGUUCAAAAUUUCGUUUUACUUGUCUUUACUACACUAGGAUCUGGAAAAGUUGUUAUAUUACCGGCGUUCUGGUUGAAGUGAGGAAUUAACCAAUGAAACAGUCUGUGACGACGAGUUCUUAGCGUGCCAUGCACGGAACUGUGGGUAAACCACGAGAAACGUCAAUGCUGAUUGAUUAAUCAAUGUCUGACGUCAUACGUUCCAAAGCCACUCGUACGACCCCCGACAUUUAAUAUUAUUUAAUCUUGCGUAUCUAGUCCUAAUUUCUUUUAAGUUUCAUUCAAUAUUAAAUCUUUGUUUGAAAAUUCAUUAAAAUCCUCAAAAGUCACCUAAGAAUUAAAUGGUCUAAUCAGAUGAUUUUGUGUGAAUUUAGAUGAUUUUUGUUAAGUUUCUAAAAAAAAAAUUGACAUUGAAUGAAUGUUAAAGAAUUUAGAGCUAAAUUCACAAAAUGAAAUAAUACCCGGGUUACAGUGAUGAUAUAUGAAAAUCUGAACAUGUAAUUAUAGAUCAAUUUCCUGUUUUAAAUUAACACCACCAUCCUGUAUCAUCUAAAUUGGUUUUGUUAAGUCAUGUGUCAUGUUCGGUAAAUGUAAAUGAAAUGAAAUGGGGUUUAACGUCCUACUGUUUUGCUCCGAACUGGGCUAAUGAAGAUGGGCAUACGCCAUACAAUGUGCUAUGAGGGAAAUUUUGUCCGGACAGCGGCACUACCACCUACUCUUAUAUUGAAUUCCAACUGUCAAGUGAACUUUUUCGUGCACGCCAAUAUGUACACGAGACCUCGUUUUUUCAUCUCAUCUGAAUGACUAGACAGCUGUCCUUGUCAGGCCCUCCGUCCUGCAUCACUGACGAGGGGGAAACCACGCCGGAAAAUCUGGAUGAACUUUCUCGGCCAACGCAGAGAUUGAACACCCGACAUCCAGGCUAGCGAGCCAGCAUCUUACGUACCCUGAUCCCCUAAAUGUAAAGGAUGUAAGAUAUAUGUAUCUGAUGAAAAUAAUGUAGGUCACUCUAUCACAAACUGGAGAAUGGGUUGACCGAAUGGUUGGAUGGCCGAAUGGUUAGCGCUGUAUCAUAAGGUCUGUCAUUGAGUCAACUGGCAUGGUUUCUAUUCCCCGGUUGUACGUGACAAGGAGUAGGGUCGCCUGUCCAACCUCUUGGGUUUUCUCCCGAUCCUCCGGUUUCAUCCCACUGCUAAAGAACCCGACGUACAAGCAAAUUAUUGAAAUAAAAUUGAACCAUAUGUUAGUCCUGAAAUGACCUAGUUUGUGUGGAGUGGUGGGCAUUAAACCCCAUCUCUGUCUCUCUCUCAAACUGUUAAUAUUAUAUAGUCUCAUGUUAUUAAUUUCAAGUUAAAAAUGUCUAGUCUUCCAGCAUCCAUUUUAUAUAUUAAUAAUAUAGAUCUGAAUUGUUUUUACCAUAUAGAAAUUAGAAAUGUUCUUCCUGUUAAACAUACAUUAUGCAAGAGGUAAAUCUGUCUAUUUCAGGUCUUUCUUUAGGCCUUAAAUGUUAUAUAAAUUAUUAAUUAGAUAUUUAUUAACAUAAAAGACCAUAAUCAACUUUCGAUGCUAUCUUAUGUGUCAGAUUUUCACUGGAUUUGAAUCCAAUCUGCUAUUCAAUGUUAUUGAUGAUUAAACUCAAUGGAUAAUUGAGACUAUGUUUUGUACUAGGCAUGUAUGUCCAGUCUUGUAGAUGGUACAUGAAGAAAAAGGUAGACAUGUAUAUCCAGGCUUAUAGAUGUAGAUGUUUUAAUUAUUUUAUCUAUUUGUGCAAUAUUACAUGUGUAUAUAUACAUUAGUUUAAUAUUUCAUUCCUAGCAGGGGGGUGGAUGGCCGAAUGGUUAGCACAUGCAUGCUGUGUUAUAAGGUCUGUCAUUGAGUCAACUGACGUGGUUUCGAUUCCCCAGUUGUACAUGACAAGGAGUAGGGUCGCCUGUCCAACCUCAUGGGUUUUCUCCGGGUCCUCCAGUUUCCUCCCACUGCUAAAGACCCCUACACGCAAGCGAAUUAUUGAAAUAAAAUUGAACCCUAUGUUAGUCCCAAAAUAACCUAGUUUGUGUCGAGAGGACAUUAAACCUCACAAACCAGUAUUGUUAAAUCCACAACAAAAACAAAUGCAUUACAUUUUUUUCAUGCUCUGAUUUCACUAGUUUUUACAUUUGUUGAAUUUAU